UUUAUAUGAACUGCCAGUGGAUUCCCGAUCAACUUGACAAUUGUGAAAGUCAAAGGACCACAGUCUCUUUCAAUUCUCCUUCUCUGCAACUUUGUUGAUGCGGGGAAAAUAAUCUGUUAUGCUGUUGCUUUUGGCGCCAAAGAAUAAUAUGAAGAUAAACCAGAGAAGUGUAAAAGCUGAUAGUGUGCAACUUGCUGGAUGCUUGAAGAGAUGGCCCCGCUGCGCUCCACAGGACUCAUUGACCCUGGAUGGGAGCAUGGCAUUGCCCAAGAUGAGAGAAAGAAGAAAGUCAAAUGCAAUUAUUGUGAGAAAGUUGUUAGUGGUGGAAUAUACAGAUUAAAACAACAUUUAGCCAGAAUUGCUGGGGAAGUUGCAUAUUGCAGGAAGGUUCCAGAAGAAGUAUGCCUGAAAAUGAAGGAAAAUUUGCAGGGAUGUAGGUGUAUCAAGAAACAAAGGCAAGCUGAAGAUGAAGAACAGGCAUUCUUGGAUUUUCACUCUAAUGAUGAUGAGGAGGAGGAGGAAGAGCCUGUUGGUUAUAGAAGGAAAGGUAAACGUGCGAUGGGUGAUGAUAAUUUGGUAAUUUGUUUGGCUCCCCUUCGGUCAUUAGGAUAUGUUGACCCGGGAUGGGAACACGGUGUUGCUCAAGAUGGGAGGAAAAAGAAGGUAAAAUGCAAUUAUUGUGAAAAAAUAGUUAGUGGAGGUAUAAACCGUUUUAAACAACAUCUUGCCAGGAUCCCAGGGGAAGUUGCAUAUUGUAGAAUGGCUCCAGAGGAAGUAUAUCUUAAAAUGAAGGAAAACAUGAAAUGGCACCGAACUGGCAGGAGACAGCGCCGUUCUGAAGCUAAAGAAAUUUCAGCUUUCUACAUGCAUUCAGAUAAUGAGGAUGAAGAGGAAGAGCAGGAGAAGGAUCUUCUACACGAUGUAAGUAUGGAGAACCAGGUAAUUGAUGAUAAUAUUUUGGGCAAAGACAUGAGGAACAGACUCAUGGGAAGGUCCCCUGGUGAUGGUGUCGGUGGUUCUGAACCACCGCUAAAGAGAUCAAGAUUGGAUUCUGUCAUUUUAAAAUCACCAAAAAGUCAGACCUUGUCCUAUAAACAGGUGAAGACAAAGACAGUGUCAGAUAAAAAAACUCGUAAGGAAGUGAUAUCUGCAAUAUGCAAGUUCUUUUAUCACGCAGCAAUUCCUUUGAAUGCAGCAAGUUCCCCAUACUUCCAUAAGAUGCUGGAGUUGGUUGGUCAAUAUGGUGAAGGGCUGAAAGGCCCUUCUAACCGGUUGAUUUCUGGUCGAUUUCUUCAGGAUGAGAUUACAACAAUUAAAGAAUAUUUAGUGGAAUUUAAAGCAUCAUGGUCAAUUACUGGUUGUACUGUUAUGGCUGAUAGUUGGAAAGAUGCACAGGGAAGGAUGGUGAUCAAUUUUUUGGUUUCAUGUCCACGUGGUGUGUACUUUGUUUCUUCCAUUGAUGCAACAGAUAUAGUGGAAGAUGCUUCCAACCUUUUCAAGUUGUUGGACAAAGUGGUGGAAGAGAUUGGUGAAGAAAAUGUGGUGCAGGUAAUCACUGAGAACACUGCCAGUUACAAGGCUGCUGGGAAGAUGCUGGAGGAGAAGAGGGGGAAUUUAUUCUGGACACCAUGUGCUGCCUAUUGUAUCGAUCAGAUGCUUGAAGAUUUUGCAAAGAUAAAGUGGGUAGGAGAGUGCAUGGACAGAGGGAAAAAAAUUACGAAGUUCAUUUACAACCGAACUUGGUUAUUAAAUCUUAUGAAAAAAGAAUUUACAGAAGGCCGGGAUCUUCUCAAUUCAGCGGUUACAAGGUUUGCUACCAGUUUUAUUACUUUACAAAGCUUGUUGGACAAUAGGAUAGGUCUUAAGAGGAUGUUCCAAUCAAAUAAAUGGCUUUCAUCUCAUUUCGCCCAAUUGGAUGAGGGAAAGGAAGUGGAGAAAAUUGUAUUAAAUUCUACAUUUUGGAAGAAGAUGCAGUAUGUUAGAAAAUCUGUCAAGCCAAUUUUGCAAGUUCUUCAAAAGGUGGAUAGUGAUGAAGGCCUUUCAAUGCCUUCUAUUUAUAAUGAUAUGUAUAGAGCUAAGCUAGCAGUGAAAGCUAUUCAUGGUGAUGAUGUACGCAAAUAUGGACCAUUCUGGGCUGUCAUAGAUAACCAUUGGAACUCAUUGUUUCAUCAUCCUCUAUAUGUGGCAGCCUACUUCCUCAAUCCAUCAUAUCGUUACUGUCCUGAUUUUUUAGCGCUCCCCGAGGUAAUUCGUGGACUAAAUGAAUGUAUCGUUCGACUAGAGCCAGACAAUGGAAGGAGGAUUUGUGCAUCCAUGCAGAUUUCUGAUUUUGUUUCUGCAAAAGCUGAUUUUGGAACUGAGUUGGCCAUAAGUACUAGAGCAGAGCUUGAUCCAGCUGCUUGGUGGCAACAACAUGGGAUAAAUUGCUUGGAACUACAGCGAAUAGCCAUUCGCAUAUUAAGCCAAACAUGCUCUUCUUUUGGGUGUGAGCAUAAAUGGAGUAUUUAUGAUCAGAUCCAUAGCAAGAGGCGCAACUGCCUGGCUCAGAAAAGAUUGAAUGACCUUAUUUAUGUUCAUUACAACUUGCGACUUAGGGAACACCAAUUUGGAAGAAAACCUGAUGAUGCGAUCUCCCUUGACAAUGUCAUGCUAGAAAGCCUACUAGAUGACUGGAUUGUGGAGACAGAGACGCAAGCUCUGCAGGAAGACGAGAUCUUUUGGUCACAGGAGAUUCUUUAUAAUGAACUGAAAAUGGAGGCUGACGAAAAUGAGAUGGAUGAGAAUGAAGAUGCAAAUGCUGAGGAAAUAAAGGGAGCUUUGGACAUGGGGACAUUGGUGGAUGUAGUAGUUGAACAUGUGGGGGUUAACCCUGCAUCUAUGCUUGCUGCUACUGAUGAUGAUGAUGAUCUUGAUUUUCUCGACGAUGAUUUGACUGAUUAAUUGAUUUAUGUUACUCAUCUCACAUAUGGAUGUAGUUAAUUAAGAAUGCUUCCAAUAGCUGAAUAGUGAUGUGAUAGGGCAUUGCUUUGAGGUUUCCCAGGAGCAAUUCUGAUGAUGUAAUUUGUUGUGUAAUUUAUUAAUAGUUGAA